AUGUCUUCCCUAUUAUUCUACAAUGUAGAAAAUAGUAAAACAUUAAGAAAAACCCUGGAAUUAGUAGGUGUGUCCAAACUUUUGACAGGUACUGUAUUUGCUUACGUAACACCCUGAACGGUUCAUAUGUGUAUGAAAUGUGUGGCCUUGGAAUAGUCUUAUCUGAACAAAUUGUAAUGAAUUUGCAGGUGUAAAUAUGCACCUCUUGGCUAAGUGCAUUGCGUGUUAUUCCAUAUGAAUGUGUUAGAAUUUUUAAAAAAUGUUUUUUUUUUUUUUUUUUACAAUUCUUGCUGUACAUAAUACAUUUAUUUAUUAGAACGGGAAUGUGAAUGUUUAUUGCAUUUACUUCUAAAAUAAAAUUUAAAAAAUGGACUCACCAAUCUUCCAUUUUUUUGUAUCUCAGACACUAAAUAGAAUACAACAGAAAAAUCCGUGUAGAAUAUAAUAUGCGUGUCGAAAUAUGUGAACAUCAAAGUAGCGCCAGAAAAAAAGCACUCCAAUCAGCCAAUCACGUUUCAGAAUACUUUGAUCUACUCGAGAUGCUCAUCCAAUGAAAACGUUUCAUGGUACAACUUCGAGCUCAGCCAUGUUGUGGUUUUGAAUGAGGAAGAAGCGGGAGAGGUUAUCGUUUAGUGAGUUUAUACACCGUAUUUUUGUAUUUGAAGUAUUACAUUGGGUUAUUUUUGGCCCCUUGGUUAUUUAAGGAACAUCAAUUGCAUUGUAGAAUGUUGUAUCAGUGAUUAAACUCAGUCAAGUGCGGAUUAAAAUCCUAAUAGCUAAAGCCACAUACAACAAGCUUGUUAGCUAGCUAGUUUAGCUAACCAGUUUUCAAGCUUGUUAGCUGUGCGAGCUAAAUAACUAACUCAUUUCAUGGGAAGGAAGGGGGAAGGUAACCUGAUUAGUAGUGUUGGUCAACUAGCUACGAUUUACUUGACCCGGACGAAUGACGUUGGGUGGCUUUAUGUGCUUUUGGCUGCGCUGGCAGGCAGGUUGGAAGCAACCAUAGGGAUACCUUUUUUUCGCGGGCGGGAGGUUUUAAACUUCUCUAGCUAAACAUGUUCAAUAAAUUUUACGAAUGGAUUGGAACGGGCUUCGCUAAUCUCCGCUACGGACUGCCAGCUCCGGACCAACAGGAUAACGUUGAUACACACGGAAUACAACAACGGCGUCCGAUCAGGAGAAAAAGACCUAUCGACUGUUUGGAGGACGGAGAGGCUGUUGACCAUGAUGACCAAGCCCUAGCAGUGAAGAAAUUCCGGAUGGGGGAUCUUGUUGAUACCGUAAAGACUGCGGCUGAAGGGGUGAAGAGCCAUAGUGCCGAUGUGGCUUCGUGGGUACGGAACAGUGUGACCCCUACCUUGAGGAACAUACUGCCUGCUUCCCCUGGCCCUCUAGAAGAACACCCAGGGGAAGAGCCUCCAGAAGAGCCCCUACUGGAGCCCUCAACCUUUGCACCCCCUCCCUCAACUGUCUGGGAAGAAACUGAGGUCCUCGAGGUGAGGAACUCUACUCCUCUGGAUGGGACUGUUGCUCCUUCAACAACUCUGAAAUGGAAAAGCUCUAAAUCAGGCAAGACUAUUGUACAUUUUCUAAACUCUGAAUGUCUUUGCCGGCUGGAAAUGGACACUCUUUUUCCUCCUUUCUUCACUGCAGAGUCCUAUAGCAUUGAGAAGUCGAUGGUGGGAUCGACGGUCUGCAGACGGAAAGUUUGCAUGGCUCUUACACAUCGUGAAGCACCCAAAACAAAUGGGCACUCUGUCAGUCAGCCUCCUUCCUCCAGCAGCACCUCUAAGCCAUGUCCCUCUCCCCACCCGGGAAGGACCCACUUCAGAACACCUACAUCAAAUAGACGGUUUACCUCAGCAGGGUUAGGUACAGGAAGCGGCUCCAUCACCAGCAUCUAUGAGAAGACCUUCCCUAUCCGCGUGGUGCAGAGUCCUUCACACGGCAGCUCCUCCUACCGCCUCCUCAGAGCCAGGGCUCGCUGCACUGCACAAGAGUCUGUCCGUGAGGAGGAGAAGGAGGUGUACAGACAGCUACUGGCCAUGGUCUCAGGUGGACAGUCCUCCUCGUGUCACAACGGCAGCUCCCAUGGCUUUCCGCACUCACACAGAGACUUCACCAGCUUCCUGAAUACCAGCAGACGUCUGCUCCAGUGUUCGUCCCCUGCCGGGUCAGGAGAUGCCUCACGGGGCCCCAGUGGACCCCCAAGCCCCUGUCCAGAGUCCAGCCAGGGGUACAGCAACGUCCCCAGCCCAGGGGAGGGCUCCAGUGGGGCAUGGAACCAGCCAUGUGCCUCUGACUCAGACCUCAGCCCCAGGGGACAAGAGCCAGUACAGUCUGCCCCUUCCCCAGUUACCAUACUGGACACCUUUUCUCAGGACUCACAAUCAUCAGCUCAUGAUGGGGACUCCGUAAUCAUUGUGAAAGAGCAGAAGGGCAAAAGGCCAGACAGUUCAAGUGUACCAUGCUUCCAAGCUGAGCUCUGGAUCAAAGAAUUGUCUAGCAUGUACGACUUCCGUGCCCGGGAGAGACGGAGGCAGAUAGAGGGGCAGGAGGCCCUAACUGCUCAGCUGCUGCGACAGCGUAUCUCAGAUGACAGCCAGCUGGGCCACAGGGCCGUGGAGCUGCAUGUUAGAGUCCCUCUGGAGAAAGAGGUUCCUCUGGCUCCCUUCAUAGAGGAACCCAAACCCACAGAGGAGAAACCAGAGUUCCCUGAGCUCACUGAGGAUAUGGAGGGGGAGGUGGGCCGGGCGCUGACGGUAGGCAGCCAGGACGAGGUGCUGAGUGAAGGCUUCAGACUCACCAUCACACGCAAAGACCUCCAGACCCUCAGCCACCUCAACUGGCUCAACGAUGAGGUGAUCAACUUCUACAUGAACCUGCUGGUGGAGCGCAGUAAGGAUCCCAGCCUGCCGACGGUCCACACCUUCAACACCUUCUUUUUCCCCAAGCUACGCAGCGCAGGCUACUCUGCCGUACGCCGCUGGACCAAAAAGAUGGACAUCUUCUCAAUGGACGUCAUACUGGUGCCUGUCCACCUGGGGGUGCACUGGUGCCUCUCUGUAGUGGAUCUCCGUAAGAAGAGUAUCACAUACUUUGAUUCAAUGGGAGGGAACAAUGACGAAGCCUGCAGGAUACUGCUGCAAUAUCUGCAGCAGGAAAGCAAGGACAAGAAGGGCAAAGACCUGGAUACCGCAGAAUGGACUGUGCAGAGUAAGAAACGCCAUGAGAUUCCUCAGCAGAUGAACGGAAAUGACUGUGGAAUGUUCACAUGUAAAUAUGCAGAGUACGUCACCAAAGACAAGCCAAUCACAUUCACACAAAAACACAUGCCCUACUUCAGGAGACGCAUGGUCUGGGAGAUAUUGAAUCGGAAACUGUUGUGAUGAAAUCAUGGAGAGAUUUUUGAACUGAUAGCUACAGUUUGCUCAAGGGGAGGUGUCUGCAAUGAUGAUGGUGCCUAAGACGCUGUGGCUGUUAAGGAGGAUUCAGGGAGGAGGAUUCAGCUGGUCCGCUCCUGGGUGGGAAAGAGACUCAGAACACGGACCUAUGACCUUAAUCUGGUGGAGCUCCAAUCCAGGGGAGGAUUUGACUUGAAAGGAGGAAUGGAAUGGAAAAGCACUACCUCAUCUCAGUGUUUUAUGUUGUGGUCCACUGUCACAAGUUGGGAAGUCUGGGGUCAUUUUGUAUCACCCAGCAAAGUUUGAAUUGGUGUUGUUUUCAAUAACAAAUCAUACUCAUCAGAACUUCUGUCUAGUGAAGUUGGACCAACCAGUAUUUUGUCACUGAUAUUUUUGUAAACUACUUAAGUACAGCUCAAAGAAAGUUUGGUGUUCUGACGCUGACACCUUAUUUUUCUAGUGUAUGGUUCACACCCAUACCUGGUUCAUGGUUCACACCCAUACCUGGUUCAUGGUUCACACCCAUACCUGGUUCAUGGUUCACACCCAUACCUGGUUCAUGGUUCACACCCAUACCUGGUUCAUGGUUCACACCCAUACCUGGUUCAAUAAACUGGUUCAGUCAGAGAACACAGAUGCGGUGACAUUCUUUGAUUUAUAUCUGGACACCCACAUUUGAUUGUUUUUAGCUAAAUUGAAAAUAUGCAACUGAUUACGGUACGUGUACCAUUACCUCAGAGUAUAAUUUGUAAAGGGGUUGCUGUUGUAUUGUACUUUUAUUUAACUAGAUAAGUUAGUUAAUAAUUUCUUAUUUACAAUGAUGGACGAUGCUGGGCCAAAUUGUGCGCUGCCCUAUGAGACUCCCAAUCACGGCCGGAUGUGAUACCGCCUGGAUUCGAACCAGGGUGUCUAGUGACGACUCUAGUACUGAGAUGUAGUGCCUUGUGCCACUCGGGAGCCCCAUACUUGAGGUGACAGUAAUAUCUUCAUUGGUAAUUGGACCCCAAAACAGAUAAGCUGCAGUGAUGCUUCCUUGUUCAAGAGACCUACAGUUCCACAACUAAAUUGUAACUUGAAGUUUAGUCUAUUUUGUUUAAGUAAGCAAAGCAAAAAAACAGUUUAGGGCUUUCGUCAGGAUAUUUUCAACAAUGUACGUACAGUUUCUUGGAUAAUGUAUUUAAUAUACAGUUUGUACCUCGAUCAAUAUUUUUUUGAAAUAAAUCAAGUAUUGUGUAUA